CUUCCACGCAAGCGAUGGAUUUUCUUUGGCACCGCCGAGCUAUGUCCCCGUUCCCCGUUCCCUCGUGCUUGCCAAAAAAAAAAGGGCAUUCAGCCAGCGGAGUGCAUUCCACGCUGCCCCCAUCUGCACUGGCGGCGUUAGGUGACCAAGCCGUGGCUCUGGGUGAUGAGCGGGUACGUGCCGAGGCUCCAGGUUGCACCUGAACAGAGAUGAGGGCGCUAUAGCGAGAAGGAGGGGCUCGGCGCGCUGACGGCGCCGCAGCCGCCGCCAUUAGCAGCGCCGCAGACUACAGCUCCCGGCAGCACCCUGGGCCGCCGCUUCCCCCCGUGCUAAGAUGGCGGCCGCCGAGCGGCGCGUGGCGGUGAGCGCGCCGCCGGGAUACACGGCGCUGGCGGUGAAGUUCGGUGCGCGGCAACGCUCGCCGCACUGCCUCUUGGUGAAGGAGCACCGGGUGCGGGAAGGGCCCGCAGACACGCACCCGCCGCAGCGCACCCUGUUCGUCCUCAACGUCCCCCCGUACUGCAGCCCGGACGCGCUGUCCCGUCUGUUCUCCUGCUGUGGGGCCGUGCAGUCUGUGGACCUCCGUGACAAACCGGGACCGGGAGAGAAGGCAGAAAAACCCACGUCCAAGUUCUUCACCAAUAGAACGGCAACGGGAUUUCAAGUUGCAUAUGUGGUGUUCAAGACACCGGCUGGUGUCCAGGCAGCCAAGGCACUAUCACAGAAAGGUCCCUUGUUGAUAUCAACAGAGAGUCACCCUGUGAAAACUGGCAUUAGCAAGUGGAUUGCCAGAUACGCAGACUCGGUAGUGGAUCGAGAAGAACUGAAGGCUGAGGUGGAUGCCUACAUGCAAGACUAUGACAAAAGGAUAGCAGAGGAAGAAGCCAAAGCAGCCAAGGAGGAGGGUUUACCAGAUGAGGAGGGCUGGGUGAAGGUAACACGGAAGGGCCGCAAGCCUGGCCUGCCCCGGACAGAGGCUGCUAACCUGCGGGUGCUGGAGAGGGAGAAGCGGAAAAAGGCCCGCAAAGAGCUGCUCAACUUCUAUGCCUGGCAGCAUCGUGAGACCAAGAGAGAGCAUAUUGCCCAGUUGAGGAAGAAAUUUGAGGAGGACAAGCAGAGAAUUGCACUGAUGCGAGCCCAGCGCAAGUUUAGGCCAUACUGAGCUGAGCUGUUUCUUCUGAUGCCUGUGCUGGAGAGGGCAGGAGAGAUGCUUACAGACUCACGUGCGAGGAACUGAGGCAAUUUCAUAUCCCUGCCAUUGGAUCUCAUGUGGGAGCAUUGGCUUCAGUUGCACUGCAUCUUCCUGCUCUCAUGGCUGUGCCUGCACUGACAUCAUCCAGUACCAUUUCCCUAUGUGCAUGGGCCAAGGGGGCUGAGGCGUGUCUUCUGACAGCCUGUAUCUCUGUGCCAACCAAGGCCCUCCUGAAGUUUGGUAAGAGACAGUAUUUGCCCAACACAACCUCUGCAGGGGCAGGGAAUGGCUGAAGAAUUGUAAAUAAACUGGUGCUGCUCCUCAAAGACAGGAAUCCCACUUUCUCCAUUGCUGUGUUGUGGGGAACAGUGUCUUCUGUAUUGGACUAGGUUGGUGAUAAAAGCCAUGGCUUAUGUGCCAGUGGUCCUUUAGGUGUUUAUCUGGGGGCGAUGAAGAAUGGGAGAGAAAGCCUGGAAACAAACAACUGGAAAGUUCCCAGACCUGCUGUCACUGGGGAGAUCAGUGGUUUGGUACAGAGCCCUACUUUUUCUCUUGGUGCUUCCCUCCCAGGCAGCUCAAUCUCAGCUGGGUGCUGAGAUGCCCUUCCAGCUGUAUUUGGAUCUCUGCAGCUAGGUGUAGCCUGGGCUACAGUGGGAACCACUGCCAUUCAGCACUGUCACUAGACAAAGUGAGAGGACAGCCUAGCUUUGGAGGGAUAAACCAGACUCCAGGGUGUUUCCACAAAGUCUGCUGCCAGCCCACAGGAGGGCAGUCAAAUAGGAAAAGUCUUAAACACAAAGAAAAAUGCUCUCGUGAUUUGAAUAGCCUAGAGAAGCCAAAGCUGAAUCUCGUUUCUCAGCUCCCAGCACCUCCUUAUUUCCCCUGGACAGUGUGGGCCAACAUCACCAGAACCUUGCACACCUUGCCCUCUAAGGAGACAGCAAAAAAAGCAGGAGGACAAACAGCACCCAGACCAGACAGAUGGCUUGUGGGGCUCCAGGUAAGACAUCGGCUGCCUUCCCAGCAUCUCCUCCCUGCCCUGGGGCUGGGUCAGGCUCCAGAACCAGCUGAAACAGGUGAACGCUGCAGUGGCUUUACCGUUUGUACAGCAAGAGGAGUAGAGGGCAGAUGGGUUGUUGCCACUGAAGGAAGAGAGUCAGACCACAAGGGAAAUAUGCAGGAAUGAUGAUGGAAAGGCUCGUGUGUCUGCCAGGAUGUUCCCUUUGCUCAAAGCCAGGGUGAACAGAUGGGGAAGAGCCCUUCUAGCCAUCACCCCUUCACACAGGGUGGCUGGUUUUGCUUGUGCCUC